AUGGCUGACUCUGCUGCAGGCAGUUUUCACUGUAAACCGGUUCCUUGGUUAAAAGAAUACUUAAAACAAAGGGGCAUUCAAAGCUCAGGAAAACGUAAGGUUGAACUGGUAGAACUUUGUGAGAAAAGUGAGGAGAUGAAAGUCCCAAAAAUUGCUGAAGAGGAAGCACCAGUCGAUCCAAGAGUUUCUAUGAAAGAGCAACUGAAAACCGAUGAGGGAGAUCUCGCAAAUCCGUUGGAUAACGAAAACCGUGUUUUUUCCCAAUGGACCAAAAACUUUACUAACGUACCGGACUUUAGAUUCCCCGAUCUUUUUAAUUACCUGGUGGGUAAAGAUCCCGUAUACAACAGCGAAAGCCUAAAAAGUUACAAAUCUUUAUUGGGGUACAAAUUAUUUUUUGAUGGACAUGUGGAAGAACUUUGGUAUCAUCCACCUCAACCCAAUAGUAAUUACAGUUAUUUUAAGUUUGCUGUAAAGCCAACUGAAAAAUCCAAGACUGAUGAUGGUUCAGCAACAUACAGAGGGUUUUUCAUUUUAAAGAAGGAUGGAAGUGUCAAUUCAGCCUACUGCUUAUGCAAAGGAGGGUAUGUAUUUUCUUCUUCUGAUUUCUGAAGCCUGUCUAUGUGCUUGAUAUUCCAUAAACAUACGUUUGAGAAUCAAAACGUUUGGUCUUUUCGGUUGUUUUUCUCUGUGACAGGUUUUGUUUUAUUCAGAUUCGAAGGUUUAUAUUUUCCUUGUAGCAGUUGUAACAUGAGUAAAAAGUAGAUGCCUCCUGAAUUGAAGAUCUAAAUCAAUGGAUGCAUUAUUUUAAGUCUCAAACCUUCUGGAUCACUUAUGACUUCAGCACUAAGUAUUAAAACAGUGGUUCAAAGUCAGAAUCUGUGAGCCUAGUAACUGAACUUAUUGGCUACUUUACAGUCUAUCAGUGUGAACAAUGUGAGAUACAUAUUUGUCAUAUUGGUCCUCCUUUAAACAGGGCAGAUGGAGGUUGCCGACACAUAGCUGCAGCAUUGUUUGAUCUAGAAGCAAAUGUGAGAUUCAAUGAUCUCCAAUCAUGUACAUCAGGACAGUGCAUGUGGAAAAAGAGAGGAAAGAGAAAUGAGGGAAGUUUGCCCAUUCAGGACCUUCAAACGAGUGGUAGUUACGGUGUGACAUUGAAAGACCCAAUUCACCCAAGAGAUUUUAAUCCAAUUUGUAUUCCCUAUAAUGUGACUGAACUGGAACAAGAUUUUAAAGCUGGGUUGUUGAAACAUGUCCUAGCUCUUCAGCUCUGCCUUUUUUAUCUUCAACUAAAGGACCCAGGCAUACAGAGGAAGAAGUCAGAGCUUUCAUCAGCAGUGAUGUUAAUGUCUGUAAAGAAGAAAGUGUUCAAAGUGUACAUGUAUAUUCAAUGA